AUGGAGACGACCGCGACGUCCUACCCGGUGGCGCGGGACCCGCCGCCGCGGCCAGUGCCGCAGACGGCGCAGCUGGGCGGCGGCCCGGCGCCGCAGCGCGGCGGGUGGGCGGGCUGGGCGCUGUGGGCGGUCGUGUUCCUGGUCCUCGCCGCCAGCUUCGCGUGGGGCGUGUACCAGUCGCGGCACCGGCCGCGGAGCCUCGCCUUCGUCAUCGUCACCUACUACCUCCUCGCCGUGCUCUACUGCUGCCUCGGGAAGCUGAGCCUCCUGCGCCGCGACGACCCGGCGGCGGCGCCCGAGCGCCAGCGGGUCAGGCUCGCCGUGUGGGUCGUCUCCGUGGCGUUCGCCAACGUCAUCGCGGCGCGCGUCGCCGACUCGAUGCCCGAGCGGGGGCUCCAGAUCGCCGUCUGGGUGGUCCUCGCCGCCGGCAUCGGCGUCGCCUUCUACUUCUUCUUCAUCCGCGAAGGCGCCCGCGAGGUCGCCGGGCAGCGGCGGGAGGCGGAGCUCCACCAGGUGUCCCCGGAGCAGAGGGUCUGA